AUGUUGUAUUAUCGUUCAUGUCUUCUGAAAUUACCUUUGUAUGAAUCAUCAAAAUCUUUAUUAGACAAAAUAGAAAAGAACACAGUUGUAACCAUUGCCACUUCGACUGGAUCAGGAAAAUCUACCCUUCUACCAGCAUUAUUGAUUGCAGAAGGAUACAAUCGAGUUUGGGUCACCCAACCUCACCGUUUACCAUGUACAUCGAUCUGCAAUCGAGUGAAUAAAACGAUGAUGAAUAUAAAAGAUCGAUUUCCAUUAGCUGGUUGGUCUGUGAGUGGUGCUGAACGCAAUACUGAUGCUCAAAUCUUGUAUUUAACAGAUGGUCUCCUCAAAGAACGCCUUUUAUUCAAUUCAAACUUUAUUGAAAAUGAAAUCAGAGGGGAUAAACGUAUCGUUCUGUUCGUUGAUGAAGUGCAUGAGAGAUCGAUUAACAUCGAUCUAUGCCUAGCACUCAUUGCUCGUCUUCUUACCGAACAACCAUCAUUGAGAUUGAAGCUUAAAGUAAUAAUCUCAUCGGCGACACUCGAUAAAUCCGUCCCAAAUCUGUUUCGCCAAAUUCCACAAUUAAAAUUCGAUCAAUAUCAAAUGCCAUUCAGCCAAACUCUUCAUAAGGUCGAGACAAUCUAUCGACCUAAAGAGAACAUUCUUGAUGUGGUACAAGAAUUAUGUCGUAAACGGCAACGACACGAUCAAAUUCUCUGUUUUGUUAGCAGUGUCACCGAUGUCUAUCAGUAUUGUAAUUUACUGGACAAACUUAGUCACGGCAUAGUCAUUGCUCAUCCACUUGUUCAAUCACAAUCGGCGAGUGAACAACAACGAUGUAUUGAGCAUGGCACUAUUUUCUUCUCUACUACGGUUGCGGAAACAUCUCUAACAUUUCCGUUGUUGAAAUAUGUCGUGGAUACGGGUAUGAUCAACGUAUCCAUCUACGAUCCUAAAGCGAAACAAACAACUUUGAAAGAAGUACCUGCUUCAGAAUCGACCAUUAAACAACGUUUAGGUCGACUUGGACGAACCAAUCCAGGUGAAUAUCAUGCUCUGUAUGAUUCAAAAAUGGAACGACGAACCUACCCCAAACCUCAUACAAUGGGUUAUCUCAUCUGA